UUCAUCACAGGUGCCAAAUCUGUAACUCACACACCUCUAUUGUCUUCAUAUUGUUAUCGUUGCUCCAAAACAAGCUCAAACAUCUUAAACUUCUAAACCGGAAAACUUACUUCUGAAAAGCUGUGGGUCAAAUACAUGAACUAGCGGAUACUGGAUAGUUAAUCAAUUCUCCAGGCCUAAAAUCAGAGAAGAUGGCGUUCCUCCUGCAGCAGAUGUUGGGGGACAAAAUCAAGAACAUGACAGGAGGAAACAACAACGAAGAGGAAACCGAGGGCGGAAAAGAGACGGCGGCGUCUAAAGGAAUGAGCCGGGAAGAGUUCGAGGAGUAUCAGAAACAACUCAUCGAGGAGAAGAUCGCCAGGGACAAGGAGUUUGCUACAAAAAAAGCUGAGCGAGCAAACUUACGAGUGCUGCUCCGUGACAAAUACAGAAUACCACAGAGCGCUCAAGACGAUGCCACCGUCCAGAUGGCCGGAGACGACCUGGACGUUCCUGAGGAGCUGGCAAAGAUGGUGGAGGAAGACGAGGAACAGGAAGAGCUGAACGAUUCUUUUCUGGGAAAACUACAGAACAUGGACGUGGACUUUGAUUCAAUCAAAGCCAAAGCUCAGAGCACCAUGACGGAAGUCAAACAGGCAGCGGAAGAAAAAUGUGUCAUGAUGUGAUUAUUCGGUUAAACUUACAAGUAUGGGUUUUAAAAGGGUCAUCGGAUGCAAACUUCACUACAUGUUGUUUGAACAUUAAUGUGUGUUGUCAGUGUAUGUACAAAUCAACCCUUAAAAUGAUAAAAAUCUAUGCAGUGGUUUUUAAUUAAUCUGUAAAAAUAAUAUCCCCUUUUUCAAAUCGAGCCGUUCUCAGAUGCCUGUCGGUGGCAGAGGCCACUCCCACGAUAACUGAUUGACAUGAGCGUCUUACCUCAGAUCAGCUGUAACAGUCCGACCUCCUCUAAGUUACACAAGAAUAUCUCCCAUUGAGCAUUUGAGGUGUUGUGUUGCUGGAUGUAAUAAUGAGAUGAUUUUUGCAGAGCUCAUUUUGACAAGGUAAAAGGGUGUUGUUUUACACAACCAUUAAGAAUUUUUAACCAAAGUAUAUUAUAGACUUUUCAUUAAGACCCUAAAGAAUCACAUCAACUUGCGAUGACCCCUUUAAAGAAAGAUUUUUAAAGAAAGGACUAUUUUUCUCAAAUGAAAAGUCAGUCCUCAUUUGAUUUUUAAAUCUUCUGCUGAACAACUUUUGUAUCAUACAGGUUUGCAGUGACACAAAGGUGACUGAAUAAUGACUGAAUUUUCAUUUUUGAGUGAACUGUCUCUUUAAGAGGGUAACAGUGCAAUAAUAGGCUAUAGAGGUUUCAAAGCUCACUACAUGCUUCAGCCAAGUAAGACAUUCUGAUACAACAUUCUCUGCUUUUCAUUACAUAGUCUAAACUUAGGAAGAGAAAUAAAAUAACAAAUGCAAAUGUUGUCUAAACUGAACUUGGCUGAACUAAAUCACAUCUUACCUGGAUGAACCAUGUAAAUCAAUGCAAAGCUGUGGAGAUCUGCUGUUUUUCUGAAAAACAAUGAAAAGUAAGCAUCAUUAGGCUUCUUAAAAUAAUGUUGCUUCAUCUGAAGUAGUUUGCACUAAUGAAACAUUAAAAUUAGGAGUCAUGAACAUGCUAUUUUUUUUAUCAUUUAAAUAAUACAUCAUUCUUUUUUCCACAAUACAUAAUGAGAAGGUGCAUAACAAAUGUGCUUCAUUUUCAUUAAAAUGAAUGCAAUGCAAUGAUUGGUUGAAGUCUACAAUUUGUUUGGGAAUUGUUUUACAUAUUUUUUUAAUAUUCAAUGUCUGUAUUGUUACUUACUUUGUUUUUAUGUCAGCAUUUCCAGAUUAAUUUAACAUGCUUUAU